AUGUCCCGUAGCCGUACUAGUUUUAAUUACAAAUUUUAUCGUUACCAAUACCUUCGACCCGUAGCUACCCUGUACAUAACGCUAGCGGUGAUUCUAGCAAAUGUCUCAGCAUUCGAACCGGACUUUGUAUAUCCACUCGAAAACGUGACAGUAGCGAAAGGUCGCGACGCCACCUUCACCUGCGUCGUGAACAAUCUCGGUGGUUAUCGGGUCGCCUGGAUAAAGGCGGACGCGAAGGCAAUACUGGCGAUCCACGAGCACGUCAUCACCAACAAUGGGCGGCUGUCGGUGACGCACAACGACUACAACACCUGGACGCUGGUGAUCCGCAACGUCAAGAUGGAGGACCGGGGCAUCUACAUGUGCCAGGUCAACACGGACCCGAUGAAGAUGCAGACGGCCUUCCUGGAGGUGGUGAUACCGCCGGACAUCAUCUACGAGGAGACGUCCGGCGACAUGAUGGUCCCGGAAGGUGGUUCGGCCAAACUGAUCUGCAAGGCGCGCGGCUACCCGAAGCCGAAGAUCGUGUGGCGGCGCGAGGAUGGCCGCGAAAUCAUCGCCCGCAACGGGACGCACGGGAAAAUGAAAGUGACGAUACUGGAAGGUGAGAUGCUCUCGCUGACGAAGGUGACCCGCUCCGAGAUGGGGGCGUACAUGUGCAUCGCCUCGAACGGCGUCCCGCCGUCGGUGAGCAAGCGGCUCAAGCUGCAGGUACACUUUCAUCCCCUAAUCCAGGUGCCAAACCAGCUCGUGGGUGCGCCGCUCAGCACGGACGUGACGCUCAUUUGCAACGUGGAGGCCUCACCGAAAGCGAUCAACUACUGGCAGCGCGAAAAUGGCGAAAUGAUCAUCUCGAACGAGCGGUAUCUGAUGAACGAGAACGAGAGCUCGAUGUACGCGGUCCAGAUGACGCUCGUGAUCCGCAAGCUGCACAAGGCGGACAUGGGCGGCUACAAGUGCAUCUCGAAGAACAGCAUCGGCGACGCAGAGGGCACCAUCCGGCUGUACGAGAUGGAGCUACAGAAGAAAACCAAAUCGGCCCACCGGCUCAACAGCGUCGAGGACACCUCGGGCAACGACGAGAUCAAUUCUACGCCGAACGUGGACCAGCAGCAGGAGGAGACCAACGGGAAGUUCCACAAAAAUGGCCGCCAGUACAAGGGGUUCCAGGCUGGCGAGCACGACCUAAUUAGCUCCAGUGGCGCAGGCAGCGUCCGCCCCGGGCUCCGGCCACCGUCGCUGUCGCUGGCAUCGAUUCUGAUCACGGGCCCGCUGAUUCUGCUGAUGCCCCGCUGGGACCGGUGGCAGGAUGCGCUUCCCCGGAGGCCCCGGUGGUAG